GGUGCCGGAGGGAAGGGGCAACCUGGCAAGGCAUCGCAUUCGCAGCGGCUGCGAGCACCGACUGCGGACCUCACGCCUGCAGACUCGUACACCGGUCACUGCAGCGCCGGUGUGAAACUAACAAACGUUAAUGCUACCGCGUGAAUACUGCGAAUCAUUUCCGCAUUUUAACCCCAGCUGAAAUGGCACCUUUCCUGUUGGGGAAGGCAGGCUGCUGACAAACGGAAGUGGAAAAAGGACCCGAAAAGUAGAAAUUGCUACUUCUGAGCUCGGUGCAGCAAUCCACGUUUAAGACUUGAAGCCAAAUGCUUGCCUUUUGACGAAUUGGUAGUAAAAUUUCCUGUUUAUUUAAAGCGCUUUCAUCUGAUUACUACGACUAUCAAACGGUUAAGAGGAAAACGAUUCAAAAUCGCCGGACUGAUGCCACUUGAGAACAUCGUCAAUAUCCAUUCCCGGAUGUUAAGAAGAAUAAUUGUCUGGCAAGGAUAACUCAGAAGCACGUAAAAGGAAAAAAGAUUAUUUUAAACUGAAAAAUCAUGCUCAGCACAAUUGAUGAAGUGCACGUGGUGGGUUGGAACGUCAGAACAGACUGGGAAGAGUGACCACUCCCCUACCACCAUCCCUCCCCUCCCCCAACCCAUCCCCACUCUCUCUUUUUUACAUCACAAGAGAAAGCACUAGACAGAGCGCAAAUGAAUGAACAGCCUUCUUUGCCAGACAAUAAAAAAUACCUUUAACAGGGAGCCCUGAGCUGCCAACUGCCGGUCUCACCUUAAAGAAGAAAACUUGGAAUUAUAAACAAUGCCGUCCAGAGGGAAGUACUUUAUUAAUGAAAAUGAGACUCGUCGAAGAACAGACUCACUCUUUGAGACCUACUUCUGCAUAACCCAGCAAUUCCCUCUUGUUUUUCUUUUCCUGCUGAUUAUUACUGUGGCUUGUAUAGCCCUGAUUGUCAUCUUCUUUGUCAUUGAACUGACAGUUCUGGAUCAUCUUCGCUUUUUUGUUACAUUAUGCACCGCUCUGGGGAUAUUUGUAGUCAUUUUUGUUCUGGUCUUCAUUGAGUCGUUAUUUCAAAGAUGCAUGAAGAUAUUUGCGUUGUUUAUUUGGCUUUGCCUUCUUACCAUGGGGUAUAUUUUCAUUUUUACUGGUGAAAGUAUCUCUGCUUGGGACCAGGUGCCAUUCUUUUUGUACAUUGUCUUUGUUUUAUAUACAAUGCUGCCAUUAUCUAUGCGGGAUGCCAUCAUUGCCAGUCUCCUGUCGUCUGUCUCUCAUUUAGUUACACUCAGUAUUUAUCUCUCAACUGCACCUAAACCACCCAUCUACCUUGCUCAUCAGUUGAUCUCCAACGCUGUGAUAUUUUUAUGUGGUUGCUUGGUUGGCUUUUUUCAUAAGUUUUCAAUGGAACGUGCCCUGGAACAGACUUAUGAGGAUACCUUGAGUUGUAUCCAAAUCAGGAUGCAGUUGGAUGUGAAGAAAAAACAGCAGGAAAGCCUGCUGUUAUCUGUGUUGCCUGUUUGUAUAUCAAUGGAAAUGAAACUAUCUAUUAUUGAGCGUUUGAAAGAGAACAACUACUACCCACAUAAGCGUGAUAAUUUCCACAGCUUGUAUGUGAAAAGACAUCAAAAUGUCAGCAUCCUCUAUGCAGAUAUUGUUGGUUUUACCCGUCUGGCUAGCGACUGUUCGCCCAAGGAGCUGGUUGUCAUGCUGAAUGAGCUGUUUGGGAAGUUUGACCAAAUUGCUAAGGAGAAUGAAUGUAUGAGGAUUAAAAUACUGGGUGAUUGCUAUUACUGCGUCUCUGGACUUCCUGUAUCUUUACCAAAGCAUGCCAAGAAUUGCGUUAAAAUGGGACUUGACAUGUGCGAAGCUAUUGAGCAAGUGCGGGAUGCAACAGGAGUAGACAUCAGUAUGCGAGUUGGAGUACAUUCUGGCAAUGUACUGUGUGGUGUAAUUGGGCUGAGGAAGUGGCAGUACGAUGUAUGGUCACAUGACGUAACCUUAGCCAAUCACAUGGAAUCUGGGGGAGUGCCUGGUCGCGUGCAUAUCACUGCAGCAACGCUGAGCUGUUUGCAUAAGGCCUAUGAAGUUGAAGAAGGAAAUGGACACCAAAGAAAUGCCUACCUCAAUGAAUUGAAGCUUAAAACUUACCUAGUUAUUGAUCCAAGGACAAAGCAGCAAAGCCCAAAGAGUCGGCACCUACCGAAGCCAAGACAUGUUAAUGAUGGACUAAAAAUGAGAGCGUCUGUCCGCAUGACGCGAUACCUGGAGUCGUGGGGUGCGGCAAAACCGUUUGCCCACCUUCAGCAACGAGACAAUGUUAGCUCUGAAAUCUCAGCACCGAGUGGAAAGAUUGGGAAGGAAAUCCCAAUGCAUUCUCUUGGGCUCCACAGGACAUUGGAUCGAAACAAAUCACAAAAAAGACGAUUUGAAGAGGAACUGUGUGAAAAAAUGAUAACGACAAUCAACGGGAUAAAUUCACCAAAAGAAUCAAUUAAAUGUGGCAUCUUUGCCCGACUGAUGCCUUUAUUCAAUGAAAAGGGUCUGGAAAAAAUAUAUCGUUCAGUCUGUCUUCCCUCCCUGAGGUAUUAUGCUGGUUGUGCCAUGUUGAUAUUCUGUUGCAUAUUUGUGAUCCACUUGCUAGUUAUGCCCAAAACAGAUACACUGGGGAUAUCAUUUGGAAUUGCUGCCAUUAUUCUUCUGAUAAUUCUCUUCAUUUCUUUUGCUGGUUAUGUGAAGCUAUGGAAGAAUUGUUUGUCUUCAAAUCCAUUCACUGGCGUCUCUGAGGCUAUUACAACAAAACCAAUAUUACGGCUAACAUUGACUCUCAUUGUCAUAAUUGUUGUAUUGGUCAUUUCAGUUUUGAACUUGUAUUCAAUGUCAGAAGUGCACAAUAAGGUGAAUGAGACAAACUGCACUCUUAUCUACUUACAAAAUAAUACCAACACAGCGUGUGAGAAUUAUUAUCUUCCUUAUUAUGUGUGCUGUUGUAUCCUGGGGCUCAUCACCUGUUCAGUCUUCCUCAGAAUUAGCUUUGAACUGAAAGCUCUCCUCUUAAUUAUUGCCUGUGUGGUUUAUAACGUCAUUUUCCUGAAGAAUUAUGAUUUCUUGUUCAAGCAGUACAGGAUAUUUCUGUACGGCAGUGUGGAUCCAAGCCCCAUUAAAAAUCCAGAGAUAAUGGGUAGCUUUUACCUCUUCCUGUUUGGAUUUACGCUGCUGCUUUUAAUAAAACAGAAUGAAUAUUAUUGUAGACUAGACUUCCUAUGGAAGAAUAAAUUUAAAAGGGAGAGGGAAGAAAUUGAGACCAUGGAAAACCUGAAUCGUCUUUUGCUGGAAAAUGUGCUGCCAGGGCACGUAGCCGAGCACUUCAUUGGUGAAAAUAAGAAGAAUGAGGAUUUGUAUCAUCAGUCUUAUGACUGUGUAUGUAUCAUGUUUGCCUCAGUUCCUGACUUCAAAGAGUUCUACACAGAAUGUGAUGUAAACAAAGAAGGGCUUGAAUGCCUGAGACUAUUAAAUGAAAUAAUUGCAGAUUUUGAUGAGCUUUUGUCAAAACCAAAGUUCAGUGGUGUUGAAAAGAUCAAAACUAUUGGAAGCACCUACAUGGCAGCUGCAGGCCUUAGUAUUGGCACAGGUCAAGAAAAUAAACAGGAUAGUGAAAAGCCUUGUGCUCACAUUGGCAUCAUGGUGGAAUUUGCCACUGCUCUGAUGAGUAAACUAGAUGGCAUCAACAGACAUUCUUUCAAUAAUUUCAAACUACGUGUUGGAAUAAACCAUGGGCCUGUGAUUGCUGGUGUUAUUGGAGCACAGAAGCCUCAAUACGACAUAUGGGGGAACGCAGUUAAUGUUGCUAGCAGAAUGGAAAGUACUGGUGAACUUGGUAAAAUCCAGGUGACAGAAGAAACUUGCAAUGUUUUGCGAAAACUAGGAUAUUCUUGUGAAUCUCGAGGACUGAUCAGCGUGAAAGGGAAAGGGGACCUACAGACUUACUUUCUGUGCACUGACAUGAACAAGCCACACUGAAUCCUCGACUGACCACAUAACCAAGUCACUCACACUGAAUGCAAAAUGGACUACUGAGUUCUAGUAGCAGAAAGUGAUAUUUCCAUUCACCAAAAGAUUGCCAGUUGCACUGUAGGCAUUUAUAUGUAUUUUUUUAAGAAAAGUGGCAGCAAUAAGUGUUAUUUUCAAAUAUGAAAAACACAAGAUUAAUACUGAGAUUACAUUUUAUUUAAAAAUUUGAGAUACAAGAAACUUUUUAAAUAACUGUGUAGUGUUUCAUGAUCUCUUAAAACACAUUAAAUUCCACUGCCUGUUGUAAUUUGGAUGAUAAUACAGAAGCUAUACUUGGAAAAUGCAUUCUGUCCAAUUGUAUGUAAAUUUUAGCAGCAAGUCUUUUGCUGUGUUUUAGGUCUGAAUUAUAAUAUACAGAUAAAUAAGAUACAAAUGGAUUGCAAGAUUGUAAAUGCACGUGAUGCCAUGGAGAUGUUUAUAUAAUUUUUUUUGGACUUUGAAACUGAACAAAUGCAUUGUCAACAGGAUUGUACUUGUCUAAUCAGCAGAGUUGUUACAUUACAUAGACAUGCUCUUAUCUGUGUUCACUUUUUAAAAAUAGUUUUGAGAGCUGUAAACUGUACUGCCACAAUAAGUCAAUAAUGUAGUGCUUAUUAAUAGUUACUACAAAGUUCAAGUCUGUCUUUAUUUAUUUUCAUCUCUCCAUUAUCGUUUACCAACAAAAAUCACUUCAGACAUAGUGCUUGUUAGGGAUUAUUCUGAAGUUAUGUUAAUAUGUAAAUAUAGUAGAUAUUAAUUCAAGGAAGAGCCAGUCUUCUGUUCUUAAUUGUAAAUUGCUAGCAGUAAAUGGAAGUUAAACUGGCCCCAGUCUAACAAAUAUGGUUUGCAAAAUGGCGAACAUGAGAUGUUUGCAUGUGAGUUGAAUAAUGGGGUUGUGUUAAUUGCCCUGCAGCAAUCCAGGCAACAAUGGGCUGAAAUAAUUUGCAUCAUUUUAAAUAAGUUCAAGCAAGCUUGCAACGAGGAAAUGCAUUUGAACAUUCAAAGUUGUCUCCUAUUGUAGAUAUGCAACUCAAAGGAAGUGUUGUCAACCCAAAGUAUUAAAGGUAUUGAUGUAAUUGUAACUACUGAGACCAUAUCAAAUCACCUAAUCAUUGAUCUUAAGUGUAUAAAAAUGUGAUGUACUUUAGGGUUUGUGAGUCUCUACCAAGAUUGUCUCCAGAGUGAUGCCCGCAUGUUGUGGAGAAUAAAGACUUCUGUAUCACCAACUUCAUUGCCUCUCUGGUGGCUUCGUUCACAGUCACCACAUUUGGGGGCUUGUCUGGGAUACGUUCAUGAUCCAUUGUGUGGCCAGUGACUAAAGCAGUAGUACCCACACUUAGAUCUCUUCAGGUCAAUGAUCACAAGAUCACAAAAUAUCAAAGAACAUGGCAGAGAGCUGAACUGGGAGAUAUAAAAGUGUAUGUCUGUGUGUGUGUGUGUGUUUGUAUAAGGUACUAGACAUUUUUGAGUAGCUUGUUGAGACAGAGCCACCUGUUGUGAAAGUGGUUAUUGACCAUUCGGGACACCAGACGAGUGUAUAGGCAGGUUAUAGGGUUCUGAGUUGGAUGAUCAGCCAUGAUCGUACUGAAUGGUGGUGCAGGCUCGAAGGGCCAAAUGGCCUACACCUGCACCUAUUUUCUAUGUUUCUAUGUAUACUUGUUUGGGAGUCUGCAUACUUGUUUGUGAGUGUGUAUGUGUAUUUUAAGAGUAAGCUUUUAAACUUAGAGUAAUAGACUUUUGUAUGAAAGGAAAUGCAACAGGCAUCAAUGAGUUCAGUGGCACAGAAGUGGAAUAUUGCAGAGUACGUACUCUAUGGUUUUUAAAUAUGUACUGUUUAAUUUUACCCAUCCCUUAAAUUUUGCUUAAUAUGGUAAUUAGUGUGGAAAUAUUUGAGGGAGAAGUUAUACCCAUGCAUAUCUGUUGGGAUGGCACAUACUGAGGACAGACAAUGACAGGUCGGGAAUCCUGAUGACUUGAGCCAGCCCUUGACCCUGAUUGCUAUCAUUCACAAGCCCUUCACCCCCGAGAAAAACCAGAGCAUUUUGCCCGAGCUGCCCUCACUUAAAAUCGCUUGUGGGAAUUCAGAAUUGUGUUGCAAGCUCGAAGAAAUGACUGAAAUUCACCAGAUGCAUCCCAAAGAUAUACAGUACAUGUACUGGUAAAAGUGAAAUGCCCGAGGAAUGUGUGGGACAAUAUGGCCCAGGGAGUGCGAGGUGGUCCAUGCACUUCUGGAAUGCCAGUAACGAAGAGGGAGGUCGCUGCUUUAAGGGGGAAGUUGAGGCAGCGACUGGGAGGGGGUGAGAGUAACUGGAAUGAUAAUGUCAGUGGUUCAGAGAGCUGAUGAGCCUGUCAUGGAUUAUGUGGAGUGUAAAUAUCAAGUAUGUGAGGAGUACCCAAGGCUGGGCAAAAUGUUGUGACUGUGAUUGAAGUCACUGGAGAAACACUGAAGCUGGUGAUAUAGACGUCUUUGUCACAACAAGCAGCCAUCAUUCUGGAGACACUCUCAGCAGAGACUCACAAACAUCACAUUUCUCUAUCCUUAA